AUGCCCUGCAUAAACAACACAUGGUUCAAGAGACAGCCAAAGAUCUCCAUCAAUCUCAUCAAUCAAAAAGAAAAUCACACCACUGCAUACACAACAUUAGAUAGAAUCGAGGGGGAAGCAACAGUAACCGCCGACUAUGAUACAGACUUCAGCCAUGUCGAAAUCACGUUCGAAGGUACUGCUCGGGUGUAUACACAACGAACUGGUCCUCCUCACGCAGCCCCCGAACUAGAGACGAAGCAAACAUUCCUGAGGAUUCGGCAACAUAUUGACGAAAGCGUCUAUUCAUCUCCACAGGUAUUAAGACGAGGCCAAAAGUACACAUUUCCAUUCAGCUUUAUUGUGCCGGAUCGCCUCAACCACCAGAGUUGUGAGCAUGGAGACGAUGAAAACGCCCGCCAGAGACAUACCCAACUACCCCCGACCUUGCAAACUUCCAAAUUCAUCAGCCGUUGCAAAUAUCCAGUCGAUGAUAUGACGCCAACUGCAUGUCGUGUUUCAUAUGGGGUUAAAGUCGCAGUGUUGAAACGUUCCUCAAAGGAAAUGUUGGUGAAUCGCACAAAGAAAAUACGUUUGAUUCCUGCCUAUGAGGAAGAAACACCAUAUACCGCCUGUGGUGAUAUUGAAAAGUGUUCCUGGCGGAGAAUAAAAGACAUCCAAUACGGUAUGAUGAGAGAUAAACUGGGGCAGCUUAUCGUGACUGCAUUUCAACCAAAACCGCUUCGCCUAUCUGCACCGGAAUGCAAAAUAUCUGAGACUGGCAAUUCGUCUGCUGUGGCGCACAUUCGCUUCAAUCCAGUUGGGGAUGAGACACCACCCUGUUUGGGAACCCUAUACAGCAAGCUCAGAGUUUCGACCUCGUAUUCAUGCAAUCCAUGGACUGACAGUCCUUCUCAUUCUAUGAUGGGGUAUCCUCAAACGGGUACUCGCGUCUUUGCGAAGAGUCUUCCAUUGUCUUCAUUGUGCGUCGAGUCUGUUCAAUGGACGAAGCACACGGUGGAAGACAGCUUAAUCGAUGAUUACGAUCAAGUGGCAGCUUCGGAAACGGCGACAAAGAAUUCGACAGCCGGUAUUUUCUAUACGGCUUCUUUGGUUGUCCCGAUCACACUCCCACAAACCAAGGCCUUCGUUCCGACGUUCGAGUCGUGUAUGAUCUCUCGCGGCUAUGCCCUUGAGCUCCGUCUUUCAUAUCACUCUUCUAAUACUUUCUUGCCUUCAUGGGUAGAAGUGAAAGUGCCUGUCCAGAUUGUGUCGGCAGGAGGAACAACACAUGAGCCAUUACUACCGCCAUAUACACCAUCCGCCGAGUCGCCGGAUAAGCUGAUCAUCUGA